UAUCUAUUCGUACCAAGCAGCAGCAUGUGAUUUACGAUUCGACACAUCAUUCACUCUCUAUUUCCUCUGGGCUGGGGCUGAGAUCAAGACACUGAAGAGACUCAGCAAUGCAUCGGAUGUGGCAGAUUCCCGAACUUCUCGUGCAGAUCGUAUCCUUCUUGCCUGCCUCGGAUAUUCAUCGCGCGUUCCACCUCUCGCAUUACUUCCGCACCUCCCUGAAAGCAAACCUGCCACCGUACCUCCGCCCUCUACCCGAAGACUUGCCCAUACAGUCCAGCCACAAACAAACGCUAUCACAAAAUGUGCGCGACGCAGCAAGAAGCCUUGGGACCCAAGACGCGACCCUACCUGACCAGUUGAAGAUGGCAGACACGUACUUCUACUGGCGCGAGGCUGCGCGAUAUGAGGUCGUCAAAAAGCUAAGGCCGUGUUUACAUCCUGUUCUUGGCAAGAAUGCUGCGUAUCUGAUCGACGGGUAUGAGUCCCUGGCCGAAGGGGAGAUGAAGAUUUGCCUGCAGACGGAUAUACCGUACCAUCAGCUGUACGACCUGGCGUAUGGCAAAGAUCCGAAAGCUUGUAAUGAGUUGUUGGCGGUUGUACAUCCUACGGCGGUGACUGUGUUCUGUAUGCGUGGAGCGAGUUGGGAUUCGUCAUACGCGAAUGUUCGGUGUCGAGAGUAUGGGGGUAUGAAGGGAUAUUCAGUCAGAGUUGAAGGAGAACACGGGGUGACAAUGGGCGACGUGCUGAACGAGUUGAGGGGUACGCUUGUAUUUGAUGGGAUGAGCGGAGGAUGUGGGCAGGACGUUGUGUUAGUGUGGAUGUUCGAUGGCUAACGCAGCGCGUGAGCUCAGCAGACCUUUAAUUAUCUUGUAAUCGAGAUUCAGUAACCUUAAUCUUCACACUGAAGCCGGCAGUACGAGCCAUCGCAGAAAUCAAUGACGUAGUCUGGAGAGCGCAGUGGUC